UCUCGCUCCGGCUCCUCCCAUUACCUAAACCCAACCUUGGAGCUCCGAGAACAGUUGGGUCGGACGGAGACGCCCAGGGAGGGAGAGUGAAGAGAAGAGGGGCGAAGAAAUGUACAAGAACCAGCUGCAAGAGCUGGCCCAAAGGAGCUGCUUCAACUUGCCUUCCUACACGUGCAUUCGGGAAGGUCCGGACCACGCGCCCAGGUUCAAGGCCAACGUCAACUUUAACGGCGAGAUCUUCGAGAGCCCUCACCACUGCACCACUCUCCGCCAGGCCGAACACUCCGCCGCCGAGGUCGCCCUCAACUACCUCUCCAAUCGCGGCCCCUCUCACUCUCUUGCCGCUAGGAUUCUGGAUGAGACGGGAGUUUACAAGAACCUCUUGCAGGAAAUUGCUCAACGAGUAGGAGCUCCGUUGCCGCAGUACAAAACCUUCAGGUCUGGCCUUGGCCACCUACCUGUUUUCACGGGGGUAGUUGAAUUGGCUGGAAUCACAUUUACAGGGGAACCUGCCAAGAACAAAAAACAAGCAGAGAAGAAUGCAGCGAUGGCAGCUUGGUCAUCUUUGAAACAAUUGGCAAAGGAAACUGCAAGCUCUUCAUCUGAGCCCGAGCACAAUGAUGAGCUGGAACAGAUCACUAUAGCACGAGCCUUAAUCAAUUAUCGGUUAAAGGAAAAAAUGACAAUGGCAAAUCCAACCGCUCCAAUUCUAUUUCCGAAGAAGUUUCCAUUUCAGAACCGCAGACCUACAAGUCCACAACCUCCACCUGCUCACACCUCAAAAAUACUGCCCUUAAUUUGCCAAAAGCAAGCUCUGAGGAGCAGAUUCCAGUCAAAUGCAACGCAUGAUAAUCGUGUUACAUCAUCACAGGCUUCUUCAAUAGACAGUCGUGUGAUGCGUCCCCAAAGAUUCCCUGCUGCAGGAGCAGCUCCUUAUGUACCCAUCCGACAAUUGAGGACUCCUUGCCAUGGGAUUGCACCGCCAGUGACAAUAAGGACAGCGGUGCCUGUGUUCUCGGCACCACCUCAUGCAAUGCCCUGCCAAACAAUGCAUAUUCCACCCGUACGAGUGGCUCCUCCUGUCACUGUGAGGCAGGCUGUACCUGUAUUUUCUUCUUCACCGGUUAAGAAAGAUGAUCCACCGACCACUCGGAAAGAAGAAUCGCCAAUCAUUUUGAAAGAAGAUUCUCCAAUCGUUCAGAAAGAAGAUUCUCCUGCUGUUAUUGCUCCAGCUGUGCAGAAUAAAUCAAUAGGACAAGUAGAGGAAACUGUAAGAGCAGCAGCUGCCGAUGAUUUGGAGGAAUUGAGGACAAUUGAAAUCUUGGAACAACUAAAAAUUUGAUGGUCGUCGGGGAGAACUUAAUCCGUGGGAGGUACAAGUGGUUUUGUUGGCUUGAAGUUCGUCCUGUCAAAUUUCUCAUCUUAUUAUAUGUGUUGUCUUUUUUCUUGCUGUUGCCGGUGUUUUCUUUAUCCCUUUUUGUUCUGUUAAAACUUCAGUUGGCAGGUUGAUUUAGAAUUAGAAAAUCUCA